CAGUAAUUUUACGCGGAAAAGGGUAAACCCGCUGUCUCCUAAUCGUUCGCUAUUUUCUAUUUGCCUCUUCGCCUGCCUUAUCUCUUAAGCGUAGCUUUGGAUCGCUGCGCUGGUCUCGAUCUCUAAAGGACUUCCUCUAUUUGCCGUUUCUUUACGAUCCAACUCCACAGAACAGCAAAAUGGGGAGUUUUCGAAGAAGUCUGAUCGGCGUGCACCGAAUCCUCAAUUCCAAUAGAAGCUCCGUCGCAGUCCCUUCCUCUCAGGCCUCUUUUGGGCCUCGAUAUCGUGGGGUUUCCGAUUUUUCUUCAAUCAAUAGCAACGAUACUCUGUCGUCUGAUAUCGAUCUCUCCAACGAAGAGAGUAAGAGACGCUUGUUUAACAGUCUGUUAUAUAGGAGCAAACAACGAGGCUUUCUGGAACUGGAUUUGGUUCUAGGGAAAUGGGUGGCGGAGCAUAUUCAUUCCAUGGAUGAGAAGGGCAUUAAAGCUCUCGUUCAGGUCCUUGACCUGGAAAAUCCGGAUCUCUGGAAGUGGCUUACUGGCCAAGAGCGACCCCCCGAAUCAGUGAAAACAAAUCCUGUGUUUACUGCAGUGCAUGACAAGGUUCUGAACAACCUCAACAGCCAUUCCGCUCCAGAGACACGAGCAACACCUGGACAACCAUGGGAUGCCAACGCUCCUCAACUUUGUCCUCAAGCAUUGGGGGUGGGGAGGGGUACCCGUUCCGUGCGCUGUGGUGAGCGCUCCUCAUCGCAAGGACCCUUAGAGUGAGGAUCUCUGUGACAAGAUCCCUUAGUGGGGAGCACUCUCUGAGUCUAGCAUUCCUCGUUUCGAGGUCCUUUGGCUGAGCACUCCUCGACGCUCGAGAGUGAGGAUCCUUGUGACCUUAUCCCUUGGCAGGGAGCACUCCUCGGGGUGAGCAUUCCUUUUGGCAAGCACUUAUUAGGGCGAGCAUUCCUCACAAUGAAGUCCUUUUGGUGAGCAUCCUUUGUAGCGAAGCCAUUUUGGUGAGCACUCCUUGUAGUGAGACUCCCUUAGUGGGGAGCACUCCUCUGGGUAAGAAUCACUCACUCACAACGAAAUCCUCUUAGUCAGGAUUUUGAUAGCUCAUUGGCUUUCAAUGUCAAUUGGUUUUUUGGGUCUAGGAAAUCGGCCUUAGGUUGAUAGGGCCGUUUGGGUGGACUUUCCCUCAUAACAGUAUCCCCCAAUUUUUUGUUAUCUUCUAGGCACGCUAGAAUUUCUUGUCUAAUGGCUCUUUAUGAUGUAACACACUUGCAUUUAUUAUAUGCCUCGCUUUGGUAUGAUGCAAGUCUCUUCAGAUCCCCUGCUUAUGAUCGUUUUGUCCACGUGUUAGGAUCUGCAGGAUCUUUAGUUUGUUAUAAAUACUCACCCUUUGCUUCUCUCUUCCUCAUUUCCUAAAAGAAAUAAUCUUUGCAUCAGCCACUGUUGGGCAGCAGCCAUAGCACACCUGACGUAUGGACCGGGUUCACUAACACCAAUGGACCGGUUUCCUGGGUACGUCUCUCAGCCCUUAGUCAGUCUGUUCGCCCCCCACCCCACAAAAACCCAAAAAAAAGCCCUGAAAGCCCCCUCCCGAACCUCCUCAGCCCUUCGUCUUCUUCAAUCUCAACCCUUGAAGCCAAGCACAGCCACCGACCACGACCUCAGUCCCCAAGUCCUCAGUCCCUAAGUCCACCGACGUGAAACACUCAGAUCUGCGGGAGGGUAAAUAAUUUGUGAUUCUAGGGUUUAGGCAUACAUUCUUUUUUUUUUUUCUCUGUUUACUUCAACUCUUUUUUCUCUGUAUUCGCUA